GGAAGGCACGGCCGGAAGGGGCGGGCACUGCGCCCGGCGGGUCCUCGGCGCCAUGGCGUCUCGUGGCGUCGUUGGCAUUUUCUUGCUCUCCGCUCUCCCUCUGUUGUGUCUGGAGCUCCGGCGCGGGAUUCCGAGUCUCGGAAUUAAAGAUCUCGUUUUGUUGAGUGGCCGGAUCUUCCUGCUGCUUGCCCUGCUGACAUUAGUCAUUUCUGUGGCCACCUCCUGGAUUAACUCAUUUAAGCCUCCUCCCCAAGUUCACCGGAAAGAAGGAGAAGAAGAGAAUGAGAAAAGACAAAAACUGGUGAGAAAAAAGCAACAGGAGGCCCAGGGGGAGCAGGCCAGCAGAUAUAUCCAGAGUGUUUUAAAACCUCAGCAGGAAAUGAAAUUGAAAAAACUAGAGGAACGCUUUUAUCAAAUGACGGGUAAAACCUGGAAAUUAACUCCUGGCCACAGACUUGAGGGAGAUGAAGAUUCGGUGCUUGAAAAUUUGAGUCAGGUGUCUUUGGAAACGGCGAACAGAGAAGCAGCAAGAAGACGCAACUUGCCCAAGCUUUUAACUGAAAUCUCACCACCUGCUCAGCAGCCCGCCAAGAAGGAGGUUCCUGAUUUACCUGAAGAGCCCUCAGAAACAGCUGAAGAGGUAGUUACUGUUGCCCUUCGAUGCCCAAGUGGGCGUGUUUUGAGGAGGAGAUUUUUCAAGUCUUGGAAUUCACAGGUCUUAUUUGACUGGAUGAUGAAAAUUGGGUACCACAAAUCCCUAUACAGCCUUUCCACUUCCUUUCCCAGAAGGCCUCUGGAAACGGAGGGAGGCUUGUCACUGGAGGACAUAGGAAUAUCUGUGGACACUGUACUUAAUGUGGAAGAGAAAGAACAGAGCAGCCAGUGAAGAAGUCACACUACCUGUUGUCCUGAAGUUGUUACUAGUGGCCUCCCACCAGUGUUCUCAUUAAAGCCAGGCUGUGCCUUGGGCUCCUCUCGCUCAUAGGAGCACACCUGCAUACGUGAAGAGGACUGCUUUGUAUGUAGUGGUUUGUGGACUGUGUCAUCUUCCAAUGUACCACCGUGAGAGCAAAGUAAAACGGAUAUAGUAGGACAGACAUCUGAUACCAGGCUUCAGGCAGGCACGGUGGCACAUGCCUCUUGGAAUUUGAGUUAGACAAUCUUAAAACAACCAACCAACCCCUAGCUUAUGUAAGAACGGAUUUCUGCUUCUUGCAUCCACCUUACCACAGUAUUUCAAAGUCUUCAAGUAUGAAUGUUGAUUCUACUGAUUUUCAGAGUGGAACUGAUCCUAUGUAAUUUUGACUUAAAUCCAGGGAUGAAGUUUUUAACACAUAAACUUCAGGGAACAUACUGAAAUUACAGUAAACAAGGCCAUUGUUGGUAGGUACAUUUGGAGUGUGAGCUGUUGUUUUUUGUAUGCACUGAUACCUUUAGAGUCUGUCUUAAUCUUUAAUAUUUGGAGACAGGGUCUCAGAUAGCCCUGGGUGACCUUGAACUCUCCUGAUCCUCCUGUCCCCCAUCCCAAGUGCUGGGAUUACAGGCCUAAACUACUGCACCCAGUUUAUAAAGUGGUAGGAAUGAACCUGGGGUUUCAUUAUGCCUGGCAAACUCUAUACUAACUGAACUACAUCCCAGCCCCCAAACUUCUGCCUCCCGAGUGCUGGGAUUAAAGGUGUGCACCACCACCAUCUGCCUGGUGUCUGUCUUAUAAUCACUCUAGAGCUGGUAUUUAUGACCUUGGAAUAGUACCACUACUAAACUCAGAUCAAUUUAUCCUUAUUUCUAGGUCAAAGGAGACAACUCAUCUUGGCCUUUAAAGUUUCUUGUUAUAUUUAGUCUAGAGUUAUUAAGGCAGACAAUUCAAAUUUUGUACUUAAAAAUUAUCAACACAAAUCACCCAAUGAAAUGGUUAGAAAUGUAAACAAAUGGCCUUUUAAUGGUCUAAAAGUUAUCAGCAAAUAUUUGACUUUGUUCUGCUUCUAAAUGUAAACUAUAAGGUGCAUACACACACACACACACACAAAACCUGGACUUGAAUCUAAGGCCUGGAGCACCCUACCAGAGUUAAUCCCCAGCCCCUAAACUCACCAUGUAAAUUCUGUCAGUAUAGCUGAAAUUUGUGACUUGGCAAGGUGCCCUACACCUAAUCCUAGCACUUGGGAGGUAGAUACAGGAGAACCAAGGAGUCAAGGUCAGCUGGGACUAUACCAGAUCAACUAAAAAGCCAAAAGGAAAUGAAAACCAGUCUUAGGUAUUUGUAUCAAGUUUUAAAACGGCAAUGCUUCCAUUAAAUGCAUAUCACAGUUAAGAUAUUCUUGUUUACCUUGCAAAGUUUAUUUGUUCAGUACACCAAACAGGAUGCAAGCACUGUCAGGACAAAUAUACAGAAAUAUGCAGAUCAACAUCAAACACUAAUUUAGAUCAAAUGAAAGGAAAUCUCUUUAAUGUUAUGACAACAUACUCCCAAGAAUCUCUUCUUCAGUUAGUUAUACAUUUCAAUAAAAUAAAGGGUAAUGAAUUAGUGGAAGUCAGCUUGUGAAAUCGUAAAAAUAAAACUCCGACUCUAUUAAUCCAUGCCAGUUAAACACUGUAACUAAAUUUCCAAGCACAGAGGAGAUGAAGCAGUCAGUGACUUCUUUUGCUUAACCAGCCAAGAAGAAUGGUUCCUACAACACAGCAGGCAGACUGAUCUAGAACACAGUGUAGUAAGUUCAGUCUCAAAUUGUGCUAAACGCUCAUCAUUAGUAUGGCACGUUUGGUCCAUGAUGUAGUUUAUAAUGUCAAGACAUCACAAUUUGUUACAGAAACACAUAGAUAAUUGCUGUUUUUAAAUAUAUAUAUAUAUUUUAAAAAGCCAGGUGUACUUCCACAUACAAAGAAAGGUCCUGGGGAGGAAGUUAUAGGAAGUAGUCUGGGGUACGCCGGGUCACAUGAGGCUCUCCACGACGAGGUGCUGGGUCAAACUGAAGACUGAAAGACAAAGAAAAUGAGUCAGCAAGUGAGCCAGGAAGACACUGAAUAGACAAGCCCUCCUUUUUGUCUCCUCCUCCUCCUCCUACUACUACUGCACUCCAUGUGGCCUGAAUGACCCUCAGCACCUCACUACAGGUGAUCAAUCGUUCACUGCACAGAGCCAUGGGGAAAUUUAGAUAUCAUGCUGUUAGUGACUGGCGGAAAAGACCGUGACACUAUUAUCAGUUGAAAGGCCUCAGGAUCAGUGCUGAUCCUCUCCAUCAUGUUAAAUCAGGGUGAGUGUACCUGCCUUCAGGCACAGCAAGCUUCCUCUGUAAAGAGUUUGCUGACUUUAUUUAAAGAACACUGAAUUUUAUCAAAUGCCUUUUCUGUCUGAUAAAACCACCAGCUAUUUACUUUUUCUGGUUCAUUUUUGUAGUCUGAACCAACUCUGUGGUCUUGAGAGCAACCUCAUUUGUAUUUUCCUUCUCCAAGUAGUCCUGAAAGGAUGAAACCAUAGCCAGACACCCAGACUUCACAACUGCCAGGGGAAGUAUUUUACUUUCAAUUUUUGUUGCUCUUGAGACAAGGUUUCAUGCAGCCUAGAGUAGCCCCAAACUUACAGUAAGGCCCACUCUGAACUCCUGAUCUCCCUGCCUCUACCUCGUAAGUGCUAGGAUCUUAGGCUAGCAUGUGUUAGCAUGCACAGCAAAUGUUUUAUUUAUUUAUAAUUUUCUUGUUUUGUUUUUUGAAAUAAGGUGCCCUGUAUCCCAGAGAUUGGCCUUGAACCCUGAAUACUGGUAUUAUAGAUCUGCAUCACCAUGUCCAGUUUACAUAGUGCUGGGCUUGAACCCAGGGCUUCAUGUAUACUAGGUAAAUAGGGGCUGACGGGGCCCCAUCCCCCAGUAGUACACGUCUUAUUACUUUAAACUUUUUAAGGUAAGUUAUAGCACAUGAUUAAGAGUACCAGGGCUCAAGAGGGACCUCUGAGACUCGGAAUUACAGAUGGCUGUGAGCUGCCAUGGAGGUGCUGGGAAUUAAACUUGCAUCCUCUCAAGGGCAGCCUGUCCUCUUAACCACCAAACCAUCUCCCCAUCCCCUGCAGUAGUUUCUGUAAGAGUAAUGUGGGGUAAGGGGAGGAAUGCAAGUCUCUAAUAAUAGACAGGUUUCUCUAUCUGUCUGGGUUCUUGUUAAUUUGUUUCUUUUUCUGAGGGUAUUUGUAUGUAGUCCUGGCUGUCCUGGAAUUCACUACUUAGACCAGAUUGGUCUAAAACUCUGCCUCCUGAGUGCUACCACGCUUGGCUUAAGGUCUCUUAAGGUUAAUGUUUUCCCAUUACCUGUAAGCUCUUGGGAAAAUGUCAAUAAAGUUUAAAUCAUA